UUGUGGGGCUGGCUAUAAAUUUUCCGUUCCAAGCGUUUGUUGGUGUGUAUUUCUGCAGCAGCAUAUUCCGUGAUUCCUCCUCAGAUUUCUUUGUCUGUCAAUCUGCUCUUCCGCCGCCUCAACCGCAUACUCUAACCAUGCCUCGCCGCAGCUCCAGUGGAAGAUCUUCUCGCUCAGCACCUCGUCCAGCAGCGGCUCGUAAUCCCCCACCUCAGCCAGCUCACCAUGCUCCUCCCCCAGCUCCCGCUCAGAGUGGCAGUGGUGGCUCUCUGCUUGGUGGCAUUGGUUCAACCAUUGCUCAGGGCAUGGCUUUUGGAACUGGCAGUGCAGUAGCGCACAGGGCUGUGGAUGCCGUGAUGGGUCCCCGAACUAUUCAACAUGAAACAGUUGUCUCUGAGGGUGCCGCUGCAGCCCCUGCACCAACAGCAAACAGUCUUGGUAGCGAUGCCUGUGGUGUUCACACAAAGGCCUUCCAAGAUUGCCUGAACAGCUACGGGAAUGACAUUAGCAAGUGCCAAUUCUACAUGGACAUGCUAGCAGAGUGCAGGAAGAACUCUGGAGCCUCAUUGAGUGCUUGAGUUAUUUUCCCUCUGCUCUUACCCUUCUGCAAUGAGUCAUCUCCGCCAUGAGUCAGCAUCAGUGUCACUGUCCUAGACUGUCUCUGAUGGUUAAGACUAUUCCAUAUGUGGUUGUCGGCUUUACUUAAAUAAAGCCUUUUAUGGAGGAAGAUGGAAAGAAGACUUUUUGCAUGAACCAUCAGUAUUCAUUCAUUGCUAUUAUGAUCUUUGGAUAUCGUAAUUGGUCUAUUUGGUCUGCUUUAUAUGUGGAUCUGUUUGAUGGUUGUCAUGUUGAACUUGAGCGAAACAAGUUUCUCUGUUUAACGAUAUUAAUCGUGGGAAACUGACAUUGAAACAAUUCUGAUUUCCCUAUCUAUACAGUGCUGAAAAGGAUUGACGAUAGAUGGAGCUGUCAUGGGCUCUUUCGUUUGAAUA